UUUUCAAGACUUCUUCUAAUUUUUAGAAUACCUAUCAUUUUGUUUGGUAUUAUGAUCAGUGUGCCACUUUUCCUUACAUUUCGCUUAUCAAGAAAGAUUGACAUAAAAGAGAUGUUCUCAAUUGGUCAACGUAUCCGUAUUGUCGACCCGGCAUCUAAAGAAGGGAAGAAAAACCUCAAAAUUAAAUUCCGAGAUGUUGCUGGCUUACAUGAGGCAAAGCGUGAAGUUAUGGAAAUUGUUGAUUAUCUUCGCGCUUUACUCACUGGACCGCCUGGAUGUGGAAAAACUUUACUUGCAAAAGCAUUAGCUGCAGAAUCUAGUGUUCCUUUUAUUAAUGUAAAUGGAACAGAAUUUGUAGAAAUGAUUGGGGGAUUAGGCGCUUCUCGAGUCAGACAACUUUUUAAGAAGGCAAAAUCAAGUGCACCAUGUAUAAUUUAUAUUGAUGAAAUUGAUGCACUCGGAAGGAAGCGUCAGAACCAAAGUUCUGGUAAUGACGAAAUGGAACAAACAUUAAAUCAAUUACUUGUGGAAAUGGAUGGAAUGGAUUCAAAUAAAGGUGUUGUAGUUGUUGGAAGUACAAAUAGAGUGGAUAUGUUGGAUAAGGUAUAAUCUUUC